CUUGAGUAAUAAUAAGCGUUUCUGUUUCCCUAUGCUUCGUCCCAAUUGGCUGUGAAGUUGCCGACUUUGCUAUAUUCUAGCCGGCCAUAGAGGAAGCCUUCUUAUCUCGCAAUUGGUUUCCUCACCAAUUCUCGCUUUCUCAGAUUCUUCCAAAAUGAGAGUUCGCACAGCAGACGCUUUCACUUGCAGGCUUGUACUUCAUAUUUCUACUAGUUCAAGAUAAUUGUUUUUCUGAUCAAUUUGUCGAUUGUUGAGUAAAACUGCACUUUUUUUAAAAAACUCUAUGGAGUCGAAGUCACAGUCCAGAUUUAGCCUCGGCAGGCAAUCUUCUCUUGCGCCGGAGAAUGAUGGCGACGGCCGCGGCGUGGAUCCCGUUGUCCAUGAUGAAGUUGAAGCAAGCAUUGAUUCGGGGAUAAGGUUGAUGUAUUCCGCUAACGAGGGGGAUUUGGAGGGAAUGAAGGAGCUUUUGGAAUCCGGAACCGGCGCGAAUUUUCGUGAUAUUGACGGACGGACUGCGUUGCAUGUGGCCGCCUGCCAGGGCCGUAAGGAUGUGGUGGAGCUGCUGCUAGGUAAUGGCGCCCAAGUCAAUGUUGAGGAUCGAUGGGGCAGCACGCCUCUUGCAGAUGCAGUGCACUACAAAAAUAAUGAUGUUGUCAAGCUUCUGGAGGCAUAUGGAGCAAAACACCCUAUGGCUCCCAUGCAUGUGCAAAAUGCUCGUGAAAUUCCAGAGUAUGAAAUUAAUCCACAUGAGCUUGAUUUCAGUAAUAGCGUGGGUAUAACAAAGGGUACAUUUUGCAUUGCUUCAUGGGGGGGAACUCAGGUUGCUGUCAAGAAGUUUGGCGAGGAGCUCUUCAUGGAUGAAGAAAAAGUGCAAGCAUUUAGGGAUGAGCUUGCAUUACUGCAGAAGCUACGCCACCCAAAUGUUGUACAAUUUCUUGGUGCCGUUACUCAAAGUAGUCCAAUGAUGAUUGUUACAGAAUAUUUACCCAAGGGAGAUCUUCGUGCAUUCUUGAAGCGAAAAGGUGCACUGAAGCCCAUAAUGGCUGUCAAGUAUGCACUGGAUAUUGCAAGAGGCAUGAACUACUUGCAUGAAAAUAAACCUGAAGCAAUCAUCCAUAGAGACCUGGAGCCUACAAAUAUACUACGGGAUGACUCCGGGCUUCUAAAGGUUGCUGAUUUUGGACUAAGCAAACUUAUGAAAUUUACAAAAGCAAUAAAAGAAGAUAAGCCUUUGACAAGCCAGGAGACUUCUUGGCGAUACGUAGCUCCAGAAGUUCUUAAGAAUGAAGAAUAUGAUACCAAGGUUGAUGUUUUCUCAUUUGCACUAAUUCUGCAAGAGAUGAUUGAAGGCUGCCCUCCUUAUGCAACAAAGCCAGAAAUUGAUGUUGCUAAAGCAUAUGCUAUCAAUGAACGCCCACCCUUUAGGGCUCCAGUGAAGCUUUAUGCUCAUGGACUCAGAGAGUUAGUUGAGGAUUGUUGGAGUGAGAUGCCCUCUAGUAGACCAACUUUCAGGGAAAUAAUUUCCAGGUUGGAAGAAAUUCAUUACAUUCUUGCUCGUGCAAGACGUUGGAAGGUGAGAGCGCUCAAAUGUUUCCAGAAUUUCGAGGCCAUCCUUAAGAUUGAUCACUCCCAUUCAAAAAGUCGAUCAUCUCACUCAACUGUUUACAAUUAAUACAUACAUACAUUGCAGCAAUAUGUAUUGCUGCUGCAUCUCUUUUAAAUCCAACACAAGG